AUGGAAAAAUUAGAAAGCUUAUGUUGGGAAGAAGAGGUGAAUGAGAAGUUUCAAAUCCUUAAGCAGUUUUUUUAUUAUGUAAUGGGCAUUAUUCUUUCAUACUGAGGAUUUGAGCUCGUUUUAUCACUGCAUCAGCAUUCACUGAUUAUCUCAAACGUUCCCUUUGGAGUUGUUCAUUUACUUACCUGCCUAUUAUUAAGCUAUACUGAAGGGAAAAAUAUGCGAUGAAAAACAAUAGUGCCAGUUUUAGUCACCGAAUAUAAUUGCCUUAUGUGGAAAGUUAAAAGUAUGAAUGAAUCUCAUAAUAUUGAAUUACUUUUUGCAUUGUUGUCUUUUGCGAUAGUUAAUAUAUGUGAGUGACCAUUCAUAAGGUCUUCUCUUAUAACUCUCCCUUCCGCUUUCAAAUUAUUAAAAAAGACGACUUUUUGAGAUUAACCUCGUAAAAGAGCAAAAAAUAUUUUUAUACAAAAAUCCUUUGAUAUAUAUAUAAAUAAAUAAGAAUUGAUAAUCAAAUCUUUGGCUAAUCCUAUAAAUUUUAAGCAUGCAUUUUGAAACAUUAGCUAAUUGCUAUGAAACCCCAUCAGGAUUGAAUUUCUCAUUGGCAGCCUAACCUGCUCGACCAAUUUUACUUGGCAGGGCCAAAAUUGAUUAUAAAAAAUCAAUUUCGUCCCACCAAAUAAAUUAGUCAGACAAAAAGGCAACCCAGCAGGCAAUUCAUAGCCUAAUGGGUCGUUUUAUAGCAAAAACCAAAAUAUUUUCUAAUUUAAAUAAAUGGACUUUUAAAUAUCUAUGAUUUAAAUCUGAAAAAAUAAUAAACCUUUUUAAAAAAAAUAUAAGCCCCUCUAUGAGAGAAAAGGCUUGUAUGCACUCAGACAGAAGGUAAGAAUAUUGGUUUUAUGCAAGGACUUAUUUAUAUGGCAUUAUCAUAAAUAUAUAACAGGUGAAGUAAUAUUGACAACUAACUUAAUGCCUCACCUUCUAGGGUUUUUAAUAAUUUUUUUGUGCGAACUGCGCUGCAGACAUGUAAAAGCAAAAACCAUUGAAAGAUUUCUUAUAAGAAAAGGCUUCGAAAGUGCUGAAAAAAGGCUUAACCUUAUUUUCAACUUAUUUCCUGAAGGGAUAUUAAUCUUAUCAGAAAGGAAAGAAAUUUUGUAUUCCAAUGAAAAUCUUAUGAAGCUACUGAACUGUAAUAUUGGUCAAGUUGUUCCAAUAAUUUCUUCAAUGGAAUAUUGCCAUGGGAGAAAGCAUUCAAAUUUGUCAAGUACAAACAAGUUAAUUGAUGACAUUAACCUAAUUCCAAAUUUGGCAAUAAACCAAGAAAUCGUAUUGGGUGUAAGCGAAUCUGAAAAUUUGAGCAUGGAAUGGAAAGGCCAAAGGGUUUCUUGGGAAAAUCAAAACGCAAUAUUGCUGACAGUAAGCAACGUAAAUCAUGUAAUUGAAUUAGAAAAAACAGUUUCUGACAAUAAAUUGAAAAAUAUAUUGCUAAGGUCUGUUUCUCAUGAGCUAAGGACUCCUAUAAAUGCUAUUGCAUUUAUGGCUGAAUCAUUAAAAGAAGAACCAGAAAUCUCAAGCAAUAAGUCGUGGAAAGAAAAUUUGGACAUGGUCUCUGUUUCAUCUAAGCUUUUACUUUCAUUAGUAAAUGACCUGCUUGACUAUUCAAAAAUACUUGCUGGAGCAUUCUCUAUCCAAAAAUCAAGCUUUCUACUGUGAAAUGCAAUUCAUGACACUGUCCAACUUAUAAAAAUGCAGGCAGAAAAAAAAGGCUUGAAGAUUUUUACCAGAAUUGAUCCUCAGCUUCCGACUUUGAUUUAUACAGAUCCUUUAAGGCUGAGCCAAGUUUUACUUAACCUUUUAAGUAACGCACUUAAAUUCACACUGAAAGGCUCAAUUGAGAUCUGCUGCAUGUCAAAUACAAAGCAGCAAUUAAGAAUUACUGUUAAAGAUACAGGAAUUGGGAUUCCUAAAGAUAAACUGCAGGAUUUAUUUAAAGAGUUUAAUACUCACCACAAUAGAAGCUUAAAUCCUUCAGGAUGUGGGCUCGGGCUAUUUAUUUCUAACAUAAUCGCACAAGAAUUAGGUGGGUCUUCAAUUGAAGUAAAAUCAAAGCAGCAAGUAGGGUCAUCGUUUACAGUCUCAAUUGAUAUACUAGAAGACCAAUCUGAACAGCCAAAUCUCAUUUAUGAAGAAAAUCAAGAAAUAUCAGCAACUUUAUCAGAAGAAAGCGAAUAUAUUUCUAUAAAAGAUUUUAAUGCUUUAAUACAGUCUGAAGUCACACAAGUUUUGGUCGUCGAUGAUAACGAUUUUAAUAGGAUAGUGAUGGGUUCUUUACUUGGAAGCCAUAAAAUUUUAUUCAAUGAAGCAUGCACUGGGAAACAGGCCGUCAAGAUGGUGGAAGAGAUGAGUAACAAAAAGAAGCCUUAUAAGCUUAUCGUAAUGGAUGGAAGCAUGCCUGAGAUGAAUGGAUGGGAAGCAGCCAAAAAUAUAGGAGAAAUGUAUAAUCAAGGCAUUAUUGAUUAUCUUCCUACUAUUAUUGGAUACACUGCUUUUACUUCAGAUGCGGAACUUUCUCUUUGUAUAGAGUCAGGGAUGAAAGAAUGCAUCAUAAAACCGUGCAAAGCUGAAGUCCUGAUUGAUAAAAUACUCAAAUACUUGUCAAAAUAA